AUGCGUCUGCUACAGUCAAAUAGCGAUGGCAGCCUCACCCCGACCGAGUUCUUUGAAGACGACAUACCCGAGUAUGCGAUACUUUCACACAGAUGGGGACCGGAGGAGGUCACUUUCAGAGAUCUGAUAGACGGCACGAGUAAAGCCAAAGCUGGCUACAAUAAGAUACAGUUCUGCGGAGAACAGGCGAGGCGUGAUGGAUUGGAAUACUUCUGGGUGGACACAUGCUGCAUCGACAAAUCGAGCAGCGCUGAGCUCUCAGAAGCUAUCAACUCGAUGUUUCGCUGGUACCAGAAAGCAGCCAGAUGCUACGUCUACUUAUCCGAUGUUUCGAUACGAAAGGGAAAAGCAAGUGAUACGUCUGCCGAGUGUACUUGGGAAUCUGCUUUCCGAGCAAGCAAAUGGUUUACACGAGGCUGGACUUUACAAGAGCUCCUUGCUCCAAGAUCAGUUGAAUUCUUCUCUCGGGAAGGCAACCGACUAGGUGAUAAGGCAACUCUAGAGCAGCAGAUUAACGAGAUUACAGGAAUCCCCAUCACAGCGCUUCGAGAACAACAUCUGUCCCAAUUCGGCAUCGAUGAACGAUUCUUAUGGGCCAAAAGCCGGCAGACUACACGCGGAGAAGACAAGACAUACUCGCUACUUGGCAUUUUCGAUGUCCAUAUGCCCCUCAUUUAUGGCGAAGGAGAAGCCAAGGCGUUUCAGCGGCUCCGAGAGACAAUCGACAAACCUUCAUACACGCUAGUUAGCAGUUCAAGCUCUAAGAAAGACCUACUUCGUCAACUACCGAAUGCCGAUAAGGCACCAUAUAACGCCUACGACCGCCAAGACGAACCUGCCUGCCUCCCUAACACGCGCGUCGACCUUCUACAAGAGAUAUAUGACUGGAUUGAUGGAAAAGAUGGACAAGAUGAGCGAUGCAUCUUCUGGCUGAGCGGCCUAGCUGGGACAGGAAAGUCAACAAUUUCCCGCACUGUCGCCCGCAGAUGCAGUGAGCAGAAGCGUCUUGGAGCCAGCUUCUUCUUCUCAAAAGGUGAUGGAGAUGUGAGCCACGCUGGCAAGUUCUUUACGAGUCUUGCCCAGCAGCUCGCAAAGUCUAUACCGUCUCUUCAAAGGCAGAUCUGUGACGCUAUUGUGAAGCAGAGUGAUGUUGCAAAUCUGUCUUUGUUGGACCAGUGGCGCCAGUUUGUUCUUGGUCCCCUAUCGAGGCUAGAGGAACGUCAACAGUCAUACGUUCUUGUUAUUGAUGCGCUUGACGAGUGUAAGGAUGAUAACGACGUCCGAACUAUUCUAAAGUUCUUGGCUGAGGCUCGAUCACUAGAGACGGUACGAUUACGAGUCUUUCUUACUAGCAGGCCUGAAAUUCCCAUCCGACACGGAAUACGCGAUAUCCCACAAGCCGAACACCAGGACUUCGUGCUCCAUGACAUACAGCCAUCCAUUAUAGAUCAUGAUAUCUCUCUAUUCUUAGAAGACAAUUUGGGGAGAAUUAGGCAAGAAUGGACUCUUGAAUCUAAUUGGCCUGGCGAAGAAGCUCUACGACAGCUGGUUUUAUAUGCUUGUGGCCUCUUUAUUUGGGCUUCAACGACAUGUCGUUUUAUCCGUGAGGGGAAACGGUUUGCACGCCAGAGACUAGACGUAAUUCUCCAGGGCAGCAGCAGCGCGGUCACCGUGCCCGAGAAACAUCUCAACGAUAUCUACCUUUUUGUCCUCAAGCAUUCGAUAUCCUCGGACUAUUCGGACGAAGAGAAAAAAGAGGCAUGCGAUAUGCUAAAGCAUAUACUUGGAAGUACUAUAGUGCUACUCUCACCUCUUUCGACCUCUGCGUUAAAAAGGCUAUUACAAGUCUCUAAAGAGGAUGUCGACUCCACAUUUAAUGACCUUCAUUCAAUCUUAGAUAUUCCAAACGACCCGGUUCGCCAACUUCGCUUACACCACCCUUCAUUUCGAGAUUUCCUCCUUAGUAAAGAUCGAUGUGGAGACUUCUGGGUAGAUGAGAAGGAAGCACACCAGCGAUUAGCUACAAACUGUAUACAGCUAAUGUCCCAGGCACUGAAGAAAGACAUUUGCGAUAUACAUGCUCCUGGUACUCGAACUAGCCAAGUUGAGAGCAGUCAUCUGCAGGAAUGUACUCCGCCUGAAGUUCAAUAUGCAUGCCUCUACUGGGUCCAACAUCUGCAACGAAGUGGCUCUCAGGCUUCUGAUGGCGAGGAAGUCCACCAGUUCCUACAGGCUCAUCUACUGCACUAG